GGGCGGGGACUCGGGCGGGUCGGAGGUCGCGAGGAGGGGCCCCCGGAGGGAGAGCCCUGGUGAGAGCGAUGGCGCCGGCGCUCCGCUGCCCGCUGUGCCGCCAGAGCUUUUUCUCGGGCCGGGGGCACGUCUACAGCCGGAAACACCAGCAACAGCUGAGGGCGGCUCUGGAGCGGCUGCUGCCCCAGGUGGAGGCUGCCCGAAAAGCAGUGAGGACUGCCCAAGUGGAGCGCUAUUCCCCUGAGCAUGACCAAUGCUGCUGGUGUCUGUGCUGUGGCUGUGAGGUUCAGAAGCAUCUGAGUCACGGAAAUAUGACAGUACUGCAUGGAGGUCUGCUGGAACAUCUGGCCUGUCCAGACCACAGGAAGGCAACCAACAAAUUUUGGUGGGAGAAUAAGGCAGAUAUCUUGCUAAAAGAAAAGUUUGUAGUCUCCCAGCAAGAUUAUACCCGAUUCAAGAAAUCCAUGGUAAAGGCCCUGGAUUCCUAUGAAGAAAAAGAGGAUGAAAUGAUUAAAAAGAUGGCAGCCCAAAUUCGAGAGGUGGAACGCAGCCGGCAGGAGGUGGUACAGUCUGUCUUAGAGGUUGGUUUCCAACGGAGGCUCCAGAGUACCUCAGGCAGUGCCAGACCCAGAAGAGGGCUGUUCAUCGCCUUGUACCUGGAAAGGAACCAACAGGUAAGAACACUAGAAAUGGGAGUCCUAAAACUUCUGAAAAGGUCCCGUGCCCAGAAGGUGCUUAAUUUGGUUAUGAUAAUAAUUCCUACAUAUGUGCAGAGGAUAUUUGGGCAUCUCUGUGAGAUGAGACCAAGUCCUACUUCUGUGUGCCCAUCAGUCAACUCCUGGCUAAGACCCUCAAUCUCCAGGUUCUCUCCGGUUUUCUUUUGCAGCAUAACCUCCAGCUCACAACAGCUCUCCUUGAACCCACUACCUGCUCCAGAACUUAACUGGAUGGAGGCCACACAGUCCCUGACUUUCAUUGGACAUCAGGAAACACCUGGAGUUGGCAAUGUUCAUUCAGGGGCUACCCCACCCUGGCUGUUGCAGGAUGAUGAAGAGUCCCACAACUCAGCACACCAGAUUGGACCUUCCUAUGAAGAAUUCCUCAAAGAAAAAGAGAAACAGAAAUUGAGAAGACUACCCCCAGAUCGAGUAGGGGCCAAUUUUGAUCACAGCUCCAAUACAGGUGCAGGCUGGCUGCCUUCCUUUGGCAGAGUCUGGAACAAUGGGAGACGAUGGCAAUCUCGGCAUCAAUUCAAAGCAGAAACAAAGCAAUAACCUGUCAUCAAGCAAAUGUGACAAACUACAUAAACUUACUGAUAUUGUAAAUAAAUUUUUUUUAUGUAAAAAA